CCUCCACAUCCAUCUUGCCUCUCCAGGCCCCUGCACACCAUGGCACCCAUCAAGAAGAAACCAUCCGGCUCCAACGCCUCCGACCUCACACUGAAACGCGUCAAGGGCGAGAACUUCUAUCGCAAUGCGAAGCAGGCCGCGCGGGUCAAGAUGCUUAACGGCGGCAAGGCCGUCCGCGACAGGGACGGCAAAAUCGUCAAGGCUGCUGCAUUCCAGGCUGGCGAGGAUGAGGCGAAGCCGGGGAGGGUGCAGCCUGAUCGACGGUGGUUCGGUAAUACGAGAGUGAUCUCGCAGACUGCUCUGGAUCAUUUCCGGACAAAUUUGUCGACAAGGAAGGAUGAUCCGUACUCUGUGCUGCUGCGACGCAAUAAGCUGCCUAUGGCUCUGUUGGACGAUGCGGCGAACCCGAAUGUUCGCAAGCGCUCACACAUCGUGGAAACGGAAUCUUUCGGUGACACUUUUGGUCCCAAAGCUCAGCGCAAGAAGCCUCGUUUGGAGGUCAGCACUUUUGAAGAGUUGAGUAAAGCGGGCGCUGCUGCUGCUGAAGAUGCAGAAAAUCAGGCAAACAAUGAUGCUGCCGACCCCAUGCUCAUUGAUCCUCCUACUCACGCGAACCAAACUGAGGCCAUCUACGCCAAGGGAACAUCAAGACGUAUUUACGGAGAGCUCUACAAGGUCAUUGACUCCUCGGACGUCAUUCUUCAUAUUUUGGAUGCUCGCGAUCCCUUCGGGACAAUGUGCGAUUCCGUAUUGGAGUUUAUUAAAAAGGAGAAAUCGCACAAACAAGUCGUUCUUGUCAUCAACAAAUGUGAUUUAGUGCCGAAUUGGGUGACGGCGCGCUACAUCCAAUACCUCACUCCACGCUUCCCUACUAUCGCUUUCCAUGCUUCCCCCAAUCACUCCUUCGGAAAAGGUUCCCUCAUCCAACUCCUUCGACAGUUUUCUCAACUCCACUCCGACAAGAAGCAGAUAUCCGUCGGCUUCGUCGGAUACCCUAAUGUCGGCAAAAGUAGCGUGAUCAAUACCCUCAAAAGUGGCAAGGUUUGCCGCGUAGCUCCGAUACCUGGAGAAACCAAGGUCUGGCAAUACAUUACCCUCACUCGUCGCAUAUACCUCAUCGAUUGCCCGGGUAUCGUACCUACCUCCGCACAUGACACUGAAACUUCCACCGUCCUCAAAGGCGUCGUUCGCGUUGAGGCUCUGGCAACCCCUUCCGACCACAUCCCCACCCUCAUGUCCCGCGUCAAGCCCAUAUACCUCUCAAGAACCUACGGCGUCCCCCUUCCCAAUCCCGAUGAUUCUUCCGAAAGCUGGGAACCCGAAGCAUUCAUGGACGCUCUCGCUCGCAUGAAAGGCCGUCUUCUCAAAGGGGGCGAGCCGGACAUGGAGGGCGUCGCAAAAAUCGUGCUUAGUGACUGGGUUCGGGGCAGGAUACCUUUCUUCGUACCGCCACCCGAGCGUCCCGCUGAACUGAACGAGGCGGAGGCCAAGAUCAAGGCAAGGAAGGCCAAAGGGAAAGAAAAGGCCGCGGAAGAAGUUCCGGGCGUUAAGCAGAACCUGAGGACGAUCACGCAGAAGAACACGUUCGUGCCUGAAGAUAUUCAGCCUAUGGAUGAUUUGGACGAAGAUGAGGAAGCGGAAGCGGCCGCCGAUGGCGAGGAUGCAGCCAUGUCCGAGGAUGCCGUUGACGAAGAUGAGAGCGGUUCAGAAGGAGAAGACGAGGGAGCCACCGAGGAACCAGCUCUAUCGUGGAAUGAUGUCUUCGCUGAAGACACGCCCAAGAUCAUCUCUGAGAACGCUCCGUCCGAACUGCCGUCGGCCGAGCAAGAUGACGCGUCAGAGCGGUCGUCAAGUCCAGCGCCCAAGAAAGACGCGCGGAUGAAGACAAACAAGAAAAAGGCCGAGAACUUCUACUCGAAUGCUAACGUGAAGAACAAAAACAGGAACAAGGCUGCGGUGAUGAAGUCACUGCCCACCGGCAAAAAGGUCGACGGCCGUCGACGACGGAAAUGAGCAGGACAUCGAUAAUGCGCUUUACCAUGUCGAGCCUUACGACAAUGUCGGUGUAUGCGGGCGAUAAUCUAUCCUGGGCUGUCGUAGUGCUGGCAUAUUUUCAGC